AUGGCAAUCUCGAACGGAUAUUCGACCAGAGAGAGAACAGGUGUUAAGGUAGUCAUCGUAGGAGCAGGCUUCGGAGGCCUCACAGCUGCCAUCGAAUGCCAUCGCCAAGGUCACGAAGUCGAAAUCUACGAAUCCUUUCCACAACUCAAAGUCCUAGGCGACAUAAUCUCCUUCGGUCCCAAUGCCGGCCGCAUCUACAAACGCUGGUCCAACGGCGAAAUCGCCGACCAGAUGCGCGCGUUGAGUAUUGAUCUGUCCAAAUACGGAUUUCGAAUCCAUAAAUACGAUACUGGUGAAAUAAUCACAACGCAAAAAUCGUCGCCACGAGAUCCAGAUGCGCCGGUGUUUAAUGGUCAUCGUGGUGAAUUGCAUAGUAUUGUGUUCAAGUAUGCGAGGGAUGAGUUAGGGAUUCCGAUUCAUCUUGGUCAGAGGGUGAGGCAGUAUUGGGAGGAGGAGGAGCAGGCAAGUAUUGUUUUGGAUGAUGGGAGGAGAGUAUCUGCAGAUGUGGUUAUAGGCGCGGAUGGAGUGAGGUCGAAAGCCAGGGAACUGGUUCUAGGAUAUGUCGAUAAGCCCAAGUCCAGUGGAUACGCGGUCUAUAGAGCGUGGUUCCCAAAUACCGAUAUGAUCAAAGACCCCCGAACAAAACAAUUCUGCGAGAAUGGAGAUACAUUCAACGGCUGGAUUGGUCCAGAUGUGCAUUUCCUCUUUUCUACUAUCAAGAAUGGCUCAGAUUGCUGCUGGGUAUUGACUCAUCGUGAUGAAGCUGACAUCGACGAAUCCUGGUCCUUCCCCGGAAAACUCGAAGAUGUCUAUAACUUCCUCGAAGGAUGGGAUCCAAUGUGCAAGGCAAUUGUAGAAAAGACUCCCUCAGUCGUAGACUGGAAACUCGUUUAUCGAGAUCCAUUGCCGCGGUGGGUCAGUGAUAAAGGUCGAAUUACUCUCCUAGGAGACUCUGCGCAUCCGUUUCUGCCUACUUCGACGCAGGGAGCUACGCAGGCUAUGGAGGAUGGCGUUACGAUUGCUGUCUGUCUCAAGAGGGCGGGGAGUAGGGAUCGGAUUCCGGCUGCUGUUCGGGCUUAUCAGGAUAUUCGGUAUGACCGUGUACGUAAGAUACAAAAGACAGGAGAAAGUACAAGGGAUAUGUGGCACAAGGCGGAUUGGGAUAAGGUCAAAAAGGAUUCUUCUUCGAUUCAUCUUCCUCGCGAGGACUGGAUAUUUGCUCAUGAUGCUGAGAAACAUGCUGAAGAGGUUUUUGAUGAUGUGAUAAAGAAGUUUGUUUAG